CUGAAAGAUAGGCUUGUCUGUUGUACAUCUCUACGUGCAUAUAAUUACUUAACAAAUUGCGUCGCCUUUUGCAUCCUAAGAGACCCUGCAACAGCUACCGCAUUCAUAUAUGAUUCAUAUAUGCAACGUGAGGUUGCAAGGCUUUCCUUUGCGCUGCUCUUCACUGUUCGACAGUUAUCUACCCGUCUGGAGGGCGAUGGCACUGUCCCUUGCCGUCUCAAGAAUCGAAACGUGAAUGCCAGCGCGCCGCACUUUGGCAGGUUUCAGUAUACGUUUUCACGUUUUCACAGCGCCCGAAAACACAACUGAGGCUUCCUGGCAGAACUUUUCUCCGUGAAAUUUUGCCUAGCGCUUGGCGAGGCAAGAACACUCACUCUCCCGUCCUAUCGCGCGCACUUCGCACUUCAACACAACCCCAGCGCCAUCAUGUCUGGCGGACCGCAGAAAGACACCCAUCCCAGCCGUCCUCGGAACCAGGAUGGCUCACUUGAAUUGGCUCGCUUUAGCACUGACCCCAACUACGAUAUUGCCAACUAUGAUCGUGACAGCGGACCAACGGAAAGCACGAAUCGCAAGGAAGAGCGUGUCGACGAUCGCGAAAAGGGAUUUGGGAGCUGCCCAAGCAAGGGCAUCGAUGACACUGGAGACUGCCUACAACGAAUCAGAGCACUUCUUCACGGCGACUCGGACCCCUCAAGCCCCGGCGACGAUUUCAAUGGCCGGGGCGACAUUUUCAAUGGCGGGGAUGACGAUCAUGGUCCCGACUUCGCUGCUCAACUGGAGCAGCUACUUCAGAAGGCACUAGAGGAGAUAUCAGCUGGGGAACACGAGCGACGUGCCACAUUGCUCCAAAUGCAAGAUACCUUCCGAAACUUCCGAGACGCAUACGACACAAUGCAACGGGCCUCACACGAAAGAAGCAAUACCGUUCUGGAGUUGGGUAUUCAUCUGGCGGGCAAGGGCCUCGUGUACACGGGAGAGCGCUGCGACAUUGAAGCACAUCAUCGGCGAAGCAUUCUCAAGAAGGAGCUGGCUAUUCAAACUUUGCAUGAUAUGGCAAAGCAAGACAGGCAAAUGCUCAUCGACAAGCAAAGAGAGUGUGAAGAGCUUUGGCGAGAUAAAGAGGCUUUGGCGAGGUUAUACAACGGCGUAUGCAGGGAAACAAGCGGGACGGCCAUCAAAAGGUCCGCCAACACUGCUAGCUUAUCGUCAAAUGAGCUUCAGCCGGAUAGCAAACGUCAAAAGCGAAUAGUGCAAUGCAUUGAGUGCUACCGGAAUGAUAUCGAUUGCGACGGUAAGGAGUUCUGUGCGCCGUGUCGGGAGAAAGGCGUGCCUUGCGAGCGUUCCAGGUGCCCACAUUUUGGGUUGGGAAAAUGCCAUAGACCGCGCUGCACCAUGGCUCACGAAGGUGACGGUUUUGCCCCAGAGAGCAUCUGCGAGAUUACCGUCGCGUUAGGAAAGUCCGUGGGGCUGGGAACUAAAUGCACGAAAUUGUUCCAAGGCUGUACCCAUACAGCUCUUACAAAACAAAACGAGGGAUUUUCUGUACCUAGACAAACCUUAAAAGUGAGAACUAAGACUAUACCACUCUUCAAUCAGGACGUAGUUGACAAAGGUGCUACUUCGCCUGUCCAAAAUCUAAGAGUGGAUUGUGAGGACGUUCACCUUUUGACGGUUGACGUUGGAAUAAGGGACCGGUAUUCAUCACCCAUCCCACUGAUUGGCUACAUUGGCAACGAGCGCUUGAGUAUCAUCAAAAUCAUUCAAGAACACCUUAAAUUUUCCGAAUAUUUUUCUUUUCAGGUUUAUUGGACGGUUUCUCUAAGAACAGCUCAAGUGUAA